AUGGGUAGGGCGAAGCUGAAAAUGGAACUCAUACCAAAGGAGAAAUCACGAAACGUGACUUACAAGAAACGAAAAGAAGGCCUCAUCCGAAAAAUGCACGAGUUCACUACCCUAUGCGACGUGAGCGCGUGCAUGAUCAUCUACGGCCCGAACUCGGAGCCCGAAAUCUGGCCUCGUGACCCGGACGAGGUCCGGCGCAUAAUCGACAUCUAUCGGGCCAAGAGCAAGGACUCGGGCAACAAGACUUUCGGGCUGCCCGAUUUUUUCCACGACCGCAAGAGAAAAAUCGAGGACGAGCUAGCCAAGCUCCGGAAGAAGAAUCUCGAGGCCAAGUACCCCACGUGCCCGGACUUCAUGGGCCUCAUGACCGAGGCCCGAUUAAGGGAGUUUGCGGCGGGCCUCAUGGUCAAGGCCCAGCACGUCCGGUCCAAGAUCGAACAGUUCAGGAGGAGCGUGGACCAGAGAGAAGUAGAAAUAUUGGAUAUUGUGAGGCCCAAUAAUUUGGAUGUGGGCCCGGCCCAAUACCCGGCGGUGGACUACCACCACUAUCAGAACAACUCGAUGAUGAUGAUGCUGCUGAUGAAUGAGAAUGAGCACCGGAUGCAGUUUGGGCCUGUUGGGCCCAACCUGUUGUACAAGCGGCAGCAGGUGUUGUACGAGACAAUGGGCCAAAGCCCGAAGCAGCAGGCCCGAUACUACACGCCGGCUUAUGUGCAGAUGGUGCCGCCGAUGCCGAUGAUGCAGUUUCCAAAGGGGGACGGUGGUUUUGGUGAUGAUGUGAAUGGUGGUAUUGAUGAUUGUGAUGGUGUUGGUCAAGAGGAUGUGUUUAAUCAUAAUAAUAGUAUUAGUAAUAGGGUGAAGUAUUAUGAGUAG